AUGGAGGAGCAGGUGCAGCAGGAGAUGCCAUCAGCCCAGUGCACAGGAGGCCACCACCCCGUGCAGGAGGGAGAGGUGUUCAACACGAGGUACCAGGUGCUGCACAAGCUGGGAAGCGGCACCUUCGCCACUGUCUGGCUGUGCCAGGACAUGAGGAGGAAGAAGCAGGUAGCUGUGAAGGUUCUGAAAAGCAGGGAAGGCUUUGCUGAGACUGCCCAGGACGAGGUUGCUUUCCUCCGCUGUGUAAGCUGCAUGAAGAAGAAGGACCUGGCAGGAGAAAACAUUGUCUGUUUGUUAGACGACUUCAGAAUGAUUGGAGAGAAUGGUUUCCAUGCGUGCCUGGUAUUUGAGGUGCUGGGUCCUUCCAUGCGAUGCCUGAUGGGAAACUACACAGCCCAGGGACUGCCCUUGCCUUUUGUGAAGAAGUCUUUACAGCAGGUGUUGGCAGGGCUGCACUUCCUGCACAAGUGCUGCCGCAUCAUCCACGCAGACAUCAAACCAGAGAACAUCCUGCUGUGUGGAUGCAGCAAAAAGCUCCAAAGGCUUAUCAUGGAUACACUCGACUGCGACCAGGGAACAGACCUGAUUUCUCUUUGUCCUUUUCAUCUAGGAGGUGAUCUUGCCAAUCAGUUGGAAGAAUCUGAUUUAAUGAGCAUAGAGGUGAAAAUUGCUGAUCUAGGAAGCGCAUGCUGGACAUACAAGCCUUAUUCCAAGGAGAUCCAGACCCAGCCAUACCGUGCCCUCGAAGUGCUUCUUGGAUUAGACUACGGCACUCCUGCGGAUAUCUGGAGUACAGCCUGCCUGGCGUUUGAAAUGGCAACUGGGGAGCGUCUAUUCGAUCCUCAACCUGGGAAAUACUUCUCCAGAGACGAUGAUCAUGUUGCUCGUAUUAUUGAACUCUUGGGAAGAAUUCCUACUGAAAUUGUUUUCUCAUGGAACAAGUCAACAAAAUUUUUCAGCAGGCCAGGCGCGCUCCUGCGGCUCUCCCGGCUCUACCCCCGUAGCCUCCCCGGCAUCCUGGCGGACCGGCACGGCUGGACACCGCGGGAGGCGGCCGCCUUCGCCGCCUUCCUGCUGCCCGCGCUGCACUACGCGCCCGAGCGCCGCGCCAGCGCCGCACAGAGCCUGCGGCACGCCUGGAUCGCCGCACCGUGA